UGGUGGAGGGCAGAGAAGCUAACGUUAGAGCGGAGAGGGUUUGAACAGGGGAGAUAUUCUGGAGCUACAACUCUUGGACAUCUUUCAAGGUAUAUUCAAUACAGACGUGGCCGUUGCCGAGUGGAAUACAGUGGUGGUUUUUGCAUUUCUGCAGAAGCGAUACAGAGGUGGCCAAUCACACUCACUGCACAACAAGAGGAAAGCAGCAAGGAGACACUCGGAAACCUGCUGUACAAGAUGUUCCUUAACACAGUGCUGGUGGUCCUGACGGACCUGGCUGCCCAGCUCCUGGGUAACACUGUAUUCCGGCAGCACUUCCACCUGUUGCUGUCUGCAGUGGUGAUGAUUGGUCCUGCACUGAGCUUCUGGGUCUCCCAGCACAGUAUCUUUGCCAAGAGAAGCCACUUUCUCUACAGGAUGUUCCUGCGCUCUGGCUGGGGCUGGACCUGCAUCUUCGUCGGUUCCUUCAUCUUCCUCCUCUCCUUCUCCAUCCGUCGCUCCCUUGCUCUCUCCAUCCGUCACCUCUCCAGGCUCGUGGUGGCUGGUGGACUAUGGCUUAGUUUCUGCAAACUCCUGGACCAUCUGGAGAAUGCCACAGGAAGCUGCUAUGAACCUUUAAUCACCAACCCAGAAGUUACCAAUGGCCAGCCUCUGUUGGUGUUACGAGAAGGGGAGAGCAAGUCUGAAUGCCUAAAAGCUGGGAUGUUGUGGAGAGGAUAUGAAGUUUCAGAGGACGUCUUCCUUCUCUGUCUUUGCUGCCUGCUGUUGGCAGAGGAGACAGCCGUGUUUGGGCCUUAUCUAAGUUUGGGAGGGAUCUCAGAUGCUCCUCUGAGGAUCCUCUUCCUGUUCUGUGUUCUCUUGCUCGGGCUCUGGAUCUUUCUGCUGCUCUGUCUCUUAGCUUACUUCCCUCAGUUCCCCACCCAGCUGCUGGGGGGCGCUCUAGGCUGUCUGAGCUGGAGGGGACUCUAUCAGGGUUGGUACCGCCUGGGGCCCAGCUGGUACUGUCCUGGGAGGCCUGGACUGGGACUGCUCAACACCAAGACCAGAAGUAUGGAAGCUGAAGAUGCACAAUUGAGCCACAAUUACUGCAAUUAACUUAAUAAAACAAAACCCUUAAAACAGAUUUCAACAUGCCAAAAAGAUGAAUUAAAUCAUUAGGUCAAGGUGGCUGUACGUCCAUGACUGUAGGUUCUGUUACCAAAAACAAAACCUGUCCAUAUGUGUUUUGUUGUCCUCAGUAAGAUAAGCAAACCUGUCAACCCUAAAAAAUCAAAUGGACUAAAUGGGCUUUCAAAAAAGUGUGCUUUGAACAUGCUUUUCUUCUAAUAUAUGCCAAUGCAGCAAAUACAUGAUUUGUAAUCAGUAGGCUUGUUUUCUGUAACAUCCUAACAGUGAGUCACAAUAGAUGACAGGGGACUCUUUACAAGACAAGAAUUCAGUGCAAGAGACAGCAGUUGCCAUUUAGACACAGGUUGGAAAUGUCUGCGAAAUCCUGACUUUGACGAGUAUCUGAAAUGAUGUGAUGGAUGUGUGAUCUGCUAGUUAACAUUCAAAUCUCUACAACACUUGAAAAGAAAUUGGAAACUUGAUUAAUCAAAGACUCAAAUUCUGUAAAGCCCACUUAAAAGAUAGACUAGUAGUAUGGCUGACAGAUCAAACAUCCUUGUCUUUCUCUAUUAGUGUCUUAUUGGCAUUAAAACUGGUGUUUGAAAGCAUCUAAACAGUGAACAUUCUGAGACAAUGUUUGAGAUCACUAAACUUAUGAUGAAUCCAGGUUCUCUUAGGGGAGAACCUGGGGAUAUGGGGAUGAAGACUGGGAGGGUUGGUUGCCAAGGCCCAAGCUACAGAGUGGACGAAUCCAAAGGUACGCCCAGAAUUGGGGAGCAGAAGAUGGGUCUGGGUGGUCUAUUUAUUACUCACUGAAUAUGAUUGGGACAGGGAUGUCCCUGCUCUUAGCAGGUGGCUAAUUUGCGGAGGAGGCUGCACUGUGCUCAACCUUGAAUAGCCCCCAGAACCUCAGGAGGGGGCCUAUUCACUAAGUUUCACUGCCUAUUUGCUUGUCCAUCUGCAUUCACCCUUCUCCCCUGGGACCCCACGUCCCUCUGCUUAGUUUCUCAGAAGGCUAAUUGGGCCAACGUGGGCCUCGAAUCCAUACACAGUGGGCUUUUUGGGCAGUGGUUAGAUAUGUGGCGAAGAGAGCAAUAGAGAGGGAACAUACAGACAGAAAUGAAUUUUAAAUAAAAAAAGGCUGGGGGUAGCUGAGAAUAGAAUGUAGGUGUGUGUAUAUUGGUGUGUAUGAUUGUUUUUGUGUGUCUGUCUGCAAUAAAACAGCUGACUCGCCACAAUUUAACUGUAGUGAGUACUACAGAGAGGUCCUUGGAUAUAACGACUAGGUUUUUGUCCUGACAUACAGCGUGUGUUGUUGGACCUUUUAUACACACACAGGUGUGUGGCCUUCUAAACUAUGUCCAAUCAAUUCAAUUUGCCACAGGUAGACUCCUGUGAGGAUGCAUUUGACCACAAUUUGGAGAUCCACAGCAAAGGGUUUGAGUUUUUUUGAAAAUUAAAGACUGUCAGUUUUUGAUUUUUAAUACAUUUGCAAAAAAAACUCUAAAAAUAUGUUUUCAAUUUGUGUAGACCGAUGGGCAAAAACAGUCAAUUUUAUCCAGUUACAGGUAAACCUACAACAUAAAAAAGUGAAGGGGUCUCAAUACUCUGAAGCCAGUGUGUUGUAUUAAUACAGUUCACUUCAGGAGAAACACUUCAUUCUUCACUCCCCUCUAUAGAAAGAAGACA